CUCUCCUCUGUCUGUGGAAGCACAUUGUUCAACGCGGGCUCAUUUUACCCACAACCAAUGAAUGCCUUGGUGCAUUUUACCUACUGAAAAUUAACAAACACUCUCUGGGGGAGAAUACGGCGCAGGCAUCCGAAGACGGUCGGGAGCAGACCAAGAACAUUUUUGCUUCCUUGUGAUUACAGCUGAGACGCAAAAGAGUUGAAAGAUUUUUUUUUUUUUUUCUUCCCCGGUAGACGAAACGUCGCUCUUGUCGCCAAUUAGACCCCUGCUUGUUCUGUGGUUUGUGUGGUGAGCAGCAGCGGCAAAGAUGACGGAGUAUAAGCUGGUGGUGGUGGGAGCUGGAGGCGUGGGCAAGAGUGCACUCACCAUUCAGCUCAUCCAGAACCACUUUGUGGAUGAAUAUGACCCCACCAUAGAGGACUCGUACAGGAAACAAGUUGUGAUUGACGGGGAGACCUGCUUGCUGGACAUCCUGGACACUGCAGGUCAGGAGGAGUACAGCGCCAUGAGGGACCAGUACAUGAGGACAGGGGAGGGUUUCCUGUGCGUCUUUGCCAUCAACAACACCAAGUCUUUUGAGGACAUUCACCAGUACAGAGAACAAAUUAAACGUGUAAAGGACUCAGACGAUGUCCCCAUGGUGCUCGUGGGAAACAAAUGUGACCUCCCGGCACGCACGGUGGACACAAGGCAAGCCCAGGAACUCGCCCGCUCCUAUGGAAUCCCUUACAUUGAGACCUCUGCCAAGACACGACAGGGAGUGGAGGAUGCCUUCUACACACUGGUCAGGGAGAUCAGACAGCAUAAACUGAGGAAGCUGAACCCACCUGAUGAGAGCGGUCAGGAUUGUAUGAGCUGUCGCUGUGUGGUAUCAUGAUGCAGCUGACUGUUCCACGUUGAGGAGAAAUGCUACAGCGUGUAGUGGCAGCAUGGACUUUAAGAUAGAAAGAUAAAACAAAGUCAAUGAUGAAAUAUAAACUUUUUCAAAAAGAGGAUGAUUGAACGAAACGCUCUCAAGGAAACCACCAGAGCUGACUGAACCAUAGACCUUUUAUGGAAAGGAGGAUUUUGGAUUGUUGCCUAAAUGGCUAGCUGAACUAGCCUGGUCUGGUCCCUUUUUUUUGGUCCACACGGCAACCUGUCAGCAACACCACUAAUGACUCUUUGUCAACUCCAGUGUGGUCUCGCUGGGUAGCUCCACAUGUUUUCUGCUAACUUAUUGUUUUCAGUCUCAACACUGGUCUUAAAGGGGGUGUUCCCAAUCACCCUCCCACCUUGAAAGCCUGAUUCCACUCCCCCUGCCUGACCACUGGAAGGACUGAUUGACUUAAACGGAAAGUACUGGAAUGGACAUUUAGUUACCCCAACACCUCCUGCAUAAAUAUACAUCUCCAUCCCACUCUGCCUGCCUUUGGUUUCCCUCGAAUGGCUGUGUAGUCCCUUCAUUAUACUUAAUUCAGAGGGUGGAGGCUGACGUGGGAAAGACUAUUCAUUUUUUGUUGUUGUUUAACAGUUAGCCUAGCUGUAAAAGUCUUUCAUUUUGUUUUUGAUAUGGAACGUUCUUUUGUGAUUGGAGGAUUUGAAAGUCACUGAGCACUAUGUGAGCAAGGGGGUUUAUUUAAGAUGGCACCUGGUUUGAAAUAUUUCAUGACCUGCCUGGCGUAGUUGGAAUUCCUUUUCAGGGUAGAUAUCUUGAAUGGACAAUGCAAAGCUGCCUUCUCUCCUUACAGAUGUUUCUUUGCUAAAACUUGUCUUAGUGGAAUAAUAAUAGUAAUGGCUAGUGUACGUAGCUUCUGGUGCAAUAGGAUUCUUUACUGUCCAAUGUACACAAAGUAUUGGGAAUAAACCACCUCUCACGACUACUUAUUUUCCUGUAUUACUUUGGUUUAGGGAGGAGAGGUACAGUGCAUGAAAAUGUAGUUGUUGUCAUCUUUGCAGUUGCUAAAGCUGGAGAGGUUACCUGUAGAAUAGGAGGAAAGCCCUACACUUGUACAGUUACACAGUGGCAGAAUAUGGUUUUAGACAAAAUGACAACCAGUUGAUUUUUUUUUUUUAAAUUCUUUUCAGCAAUUGUACGGUCCAGAACUCUUAUUUACUACAUGGUGAUAACAGUUAUUUGUAGAUUGCAAGAAACGCUUUUUUUUUUUUUUUUUUUUUGGUUAAUAAGGCUCAGGAAUCAGGGUCCAGGAUGGUCUCCUCUAACAGUCCUGGAAACCAGGGUUAUGAUGUCAACAGUUAGCUUUGCAGAGUGUAACGCACAAGUCCUGCCUCAGUAUCGAACUUCAGUUUUCCCACACACCACGCUAUCCUCAAACUGCUCCUCUUUUCUCUGCCGCCUCAGCUCUUAAAAGGAACAAUAACAGGUCAGGUGCUAAUCAUGUCAGAACUGUGUAUAUGGGACUGUUGUGUGUAUUAAGUGAUGGAUAUUGGGCUAUCGGAGCGCAUUGCUUUGUUUCUUAACACUGACUAGCUUGUGCUCUCCACAGCUGCAUUAAUUUGCUGCCUAAAUGAAAAAGAAUGCUCUGUGUUUACUUGGCCUUAUGUUAGCUAGUUUGUACCUCAUGUAUGCAGCAAUCUCUACCUGAGACAAUUAUGUGUUCUGUUUGCUGCAUCUUUCUUGUUAUGUUUGAUUGUGUGUGCAACUAAAAAAUAUAGAAGUUUGUUGAGUUUAGACAUGCACUGUACAGAAUUUGAAAGACAGGACAAGCCGCUAAAAACACUACACUGAUUUUUUUUUUUUUUUUUUUUUUUAUAAAAGGGGUUUUCUGUAAAGGCCUGUAGGUCUGAAUGUGAUUCUGUUUAACCUGACUGAAAAACUAAAGAAAUUAAAGAGAAUUCUUAAGACAAGGCCCAGUAGGAGCCAAGUUGUCUUGCCCCCAAGUUCAUAUGAAGUUUCAUUCUGAUUACAUUGGAACAUAUAAUGGUAAUUCCUAGAAAUUGUUAAUUUUAGUCCAGAUUGUACUUUUAACAGUUUAGAGAAUUGGUCAUGUAUGACAACGUAUGGAGUUCCAGACACUACAGGCAGGUUUUGGCAACAAGCUUCAGAUGCAAACCUCAAAGACAUCUCAGACCUCUUCCAUGAAAGACGUCAAAUGUUAUUUUGCCAUUUCAACAUGAAAAAUGUUUUUAUUUUUAUUGAUUUUGUACAGCUAAAAUGACUCUUUCACUUAUAACGGCUUAAAAAAAUAUGAUCAGUCUAGUUACUGUGUGGAUGAUAGUGGUCAAGUCGUUUUUAUCGGUUAACUGUUCAGUUCUCUGCUUAGAGGACGAUAUGAACUGUGAAUGUGUUCAAGUCUUUAGAUAUUGUUUGAAAGAAGCCUCGUGUUUAAAAUUUACAAUACUGAAAUAAUGCAGGGGUUGGUCCCACUUUGGGCUGUGUUGUUCCUAACUUUUAUUUUUCACCCAUUGUACUCAAACCUUUUGAUGGGAAAAGAGCGUGGAGUUUGUAACAUGUAAUUACAGUCCUAAUAGUAUGCUUGUCCUCUCCCUGUCAGUCUUUAAAAAGUACAUUCAUAAUAAUACUAUAGAAUUCCACAAAUCUAUGCAUUCAAAUUUCCAUUGCAUAAGAAUAUCAGUGUCAUGUUUCCGCAGGGAUACUCCAGCCAGCAAACCAUAAGUAUACAUGUCAGAAAACCUGGCGAGCAUGACAAAGACUGUACGGACCAUUGAGAGUUUUGCACAAGGAUACAGUGGGCUCAAGGGCUUGUUUCUCCCCUUGCAAACUAUGGAAUGGUGGUGUGGAAGGAAUUUGUGAAAAUGUCAACUGUUUAGCUAUUUAAGAUGUAUUUACUCUUUGAAAAUGUGGCAACUGUAUUGCAGGACAGGAAUAAAGAUGUCAAGAUGAAA